GGUGCAGCAGUGGGCGUCGGUGUUUUCCGUUCAGCUUCGAGAAUUAACCACCAAAUACUCCGGCUCCCAGCUGCUGCAGAAGAAACUGAAGGAUGUGGAGCCCAUCAUUAAGAUGGUGGAUCUGAACGGGAACGACCUGGUGAAGGAUUACUCCGACGAGAUCGAGCGCUUGUUGGGAAAGAAGAUGAAGUCUGUGAAGAGGUUAGCGGAGUCUGCAGAGGACGCUGACCUCUACCACGAGUUCAACGCCACAUUACAGUUUGAUUACUACAAUUCGAUGCUAAUAAACUCAGUGGACGAGGACGGAAACAGUCCAGAUAUGGGCGCUGAGUUUCCUCUGGAGGAAAACGAGCACUUCAACAACCUGCGUGUCAACAUGUUGCUGAGCGACAUCCAGGUUCCAACCAACGUCUUCAACAAAGAUCCGAACAUCCUGAAUUCGAUCUAUAACUCGGAGGCGCUGAACGAUGUUUUUAUCGGAAACUUCCAGAAAGAUUCCACGCUCACCUGGCAGUUCUUCGGCAGCUCCACCGGGUUCUUCCGGAUCUUUCCCGGUAUUAAAUGGACUCCAGACUCUAACGGUGUUGCAGCUUUCGACUGCAGGAACAGAAACUGGUACAUCCAGGCCGCCACCUCCCCCAAAGACAUCGUCAUCAUGGUGGACAUCAGCGGCAGCAUGAAGGGUCUGAAGAUGACCAUUGCCAAACACACCAUCAACACAAUCCUGGACACACUGGGGGAGAACGACUUCGUCAACGUGAUCGCUUACACAGAUUACAUUCGUUACGUGGAGCCGUGCUUCAAAGGAACCCUGGUGCAGGCUGACCUGGACAACAGAGAGCACUUCAAGCAGCUGGUGGACGAGCUGCACGUCAAAGGAGAGGCGAAGAUCAACAAAGCCAUGAAGGAGUCCUUCAAGAUCCUCAACGAG